ACAGGAGCCAGAGGGGACUCUAGUGCUCUGUCACUAUGCUGCACAAAAGCACUUUCUAAAAACAGAGCUUGCCUAAUAAAGAUAUGGGGAUUGUGCAUUCAUUCCUGGCCCUUUCAGCACUAUAAAUACCCUCUCUGAAGAAUACACAGGCUUUGCUUGUUGCAGUCUUGGAUCCUCUACAUAGACCUGGUGAAAACAGCAAAGAUAAGCACCCUGUAAAAGAAACAAGGAACCUAAACAUUUCGCAAGGAUGCCUAGGGUGGACGCAGACCUAAAACUAGACUUUAAAGAUGUCCUUUUAAGGCCCAAGCGGAGCAGCCUCAAAAGCAGAUCAGAGGUUGAUCUUGUUCGCACCUUCACAUUCAGGAACUCCAAACAAACCUACACUGGAAUACCCAUAAUUGCUGCAAAUAUGGACACUGUUGGUACUUUUGAGAUGGCCAAAGUCCUGUACAAGCAUACAAUGUUUACUACAAUUCACAAGCAUUAUUCACUGGAAGACUGGAAACAUUUUGCAUCUACUUCACCUGAAUAUCUAGAGCACGUAGCUGCAAGUUCCGGGAGUGGACAGGCAGACCUGGAGAAGCUCUGCAGCAUUUUAGAAGCAAUUCCUCUCAUAAAGUACAUUUGCUUGGAUGUAGCCAAUGGAUACUCAGAACACUUUGUAGAAUUUGUGAAAACGGUACAUGGGAAGUUUCCAAAUCACACUAUCAUGGCAGGUAAUGUUGUAACAGGAGAGAUGGUGGAAGAAUUAAUUCUUGCUGGAGCAGAUAUCAUUAAAGUUGGAAUUGGACCAGGAUCUGUUUGUACAACAAGGAUCAAAACAGGUGUUGGAUACCCUCAGCUAAGUGCUGUCAUUGAAUGUGCUGACUCUGCCCAUGGAUUAAAAGGACACAUCAUUUCCGAUGGAGGUUGCAGUUGUCCAGGAGAUGUUGCCAAAGCAUUCGGAGCCGGGGCAGACUUUGUUAUGCUGGGAGGAAUGUUUGCCGGUCAUGAUCAGUGUGCUGGAGAAAUUACAGAGAAAAAUGGGAAAAAAGUGAUGCUUUUCUAUGGCAUGAGUUCAGACACAGCAAUGAAGAAGCAUGCAGGCAAAGUAGCUGAAUACAGAGCUUCAGAAGGCAGGACUGUAGAAGUGCCAUAUCGAGGUGAUGUGGAAAACACAAUCCGGGAUAUACUAGGAGGGCUCCGGUCUACCUGCACGUAUGUGGGGGCAGCCAAACUGAAAGAGCUGAGCAGAAGGACAACUUUCAUCCGUGUCACCCAGCAGUUCAAUCAAACAUUUAAUUAAAGUAUGCAAAAGCAGCCAUGAGCAGUUUCUCACAUAUCUCUACUUUUUACAUGCCAACAGUAUGAUACCGCUGUGAAGAUAUACAGCCUACAAACUUCCUAUGCACAAACAAUAACAAAGACCUAUGUCUCAUUGUCUCUCCCCUCAUAUUUUAUGCAUCAACAUUCUCUUUUCUCACAGGUAACUAGCAGCAGACUCUUGUUAAGAUGAAGUAACUUGGUACACAACAAGGAUCACAAUCUCAAGGCUAUGAGUCAAAAUUAGGUUAUAACAUAAAAUACGUUUCGUUCCAUGUUCUCUUGAGAAGCAGGAUUUCAAAAUCCAGUGAAUCUAUGCAGAUAACCACUGACUGUGAAAUCUUUUGAGGUUUAGUAGCUGCAAAUUGGCUGUCUGGUUUCCCAAACCAUAUGUUCACUUGUGUAUUGGGAAAUACAGAAACAUAGUAGAAAAUACAUUUCAUAUAUUAUUAUUUAUUAACGGUGCUAAAAAUACAUUUUGACGACUACAUGUAUUUAGUCUGUGAAAUAUGCAUUUGAAUUCCUAAAACAGAGAUUUUGCUGUCAUGUUUGAAAAGGGGUAAAAUCACAACAGAAACCAAUAGAAGGGUCCUAAAGCUGGACCAUUCUACUGGUUACUAUGGGGAUAAGAUUGACCUUCAAAAUUGCAACAAAGUCCCUCUUUAUAGAACCCCUCAGUGUCUAUUAUUUAAAGAUAUAACAUGUUACAUUAAAGUGUGUAUGUUACUAUAGCAUCCUGUCAGAAAACUUCACAGUUAUUGGUACUUGAAACAACUUUAACGUGAAUCAUUAAAUCAAAUGCACAGAAAUUGUGUGAUGUGAUGUAUGGGAAGCAGCCCUGAAGGUGCUCUCUAGCCAUGUGAGUUUUAAUCUUCUUAAUAGAAAAUAUGUAUUCAAAAUUGCAGAAACUGGUGAACAUUUGCUAAUAAACAGGAAGAGCCCUAAAAGCAAU